AUGGGCGCUGCACCAACGGAUUGGCAGUUGGAAUGUAAGGAAUUGAAGCAGAGAGGGGCCUAUCUGCUUCAAACGGGCCAAUGGUCUGAUUGCUCGUUCUUAGUAGGAACUGAGCCCAAUCAAGUGGCCGUCGCAGGCCACAAGUUGAUUCUCGCGAUGGCUUCUCCCGUUUUUGAAGCGAUGUUUUACGGGGGUAUGGCAGAAAGAAAUGAGCCUAUACCGAUUGUUGACGUCCAAGUAGAUGCAUUUAAGGCUCUUUUAGAAUACAUUUAUACUGGAAAUAUAAACAUUUCCUCGUUUGACAAGGCUUGUGAAUUAUGCUAUGGAGCGAAGAAAUAUAUGCUGCCUCACUUAGUCAAGGAGUGCACCAAGUACCUGUGGUCUGAUCUCUAUCCUAGAAAUGCGUGCAGAGCUUUUGAAUUUGCUCGGCUCUUUGAGGAGAGUGUCUUAAUGGAGAAAUGUAUUCAGAUUAUCAGCACAAAUACCAAGGAGGUAUUAAAAGACAGUAGCUUUGAAGAGGUCGAGUUGAACACCGUGAUUACAGUCUUUUCUCUGGACAAUUUGAAUGUGGACAGUGAACUGGAUUUGUUUGAGGCUGCUGUUAGAUAUGCAAGGGCUCUAGAAAGAAGGACUGAAAGAAGUAACAGUCCAGUGAGAGAGAGUUCCUCGGGGAAAAGACAGAAGAGUCCCGUGCCGUCCACCUCACAGGAUAAAGAACAGGUUGUGAAUGUGGAAAGCAGCGCCGAGAGUAGCCCAGAGGCAGUGAUGGAUACUUGCCGUGGUAACGACCCAGAUACUGCAGUGCCGCCUGUUGAACACAACAAGAAACCUAAGACAGAGCACAAAGAAAAACCUUCAAUUCGAAGUGCAGUUGAGAAAAUCCGGUUCCUCACACUGACUCCACAACAGUUUGCUGCCGGACCAGCACGGUCGUCAUUACUCAGUGAAUCAGAAGCCUUUGCCGUACUAAUGAACAUUCUCUCAGCGACCACUGACGUACCACUUCCAGCCGGAUUCUCGGCUUCGAGGGUACCUCGGAAACAGUUGAUCGGGGGACCGUAUAACAUUAGACCGAUGAAUGCUAUGCCAACGUUCACAGUGGACACCCCGAGCCCAGUGACGGUGGAGCAGGUUUGGUGUACUCCUGAGCUGUCUCGUCCGCAACCUAUCUCCUACCCAAGACCUUCGAGACAAGAAGGCAUGCGGGUACCAUACACGAUACCUAGCCCAAUGUCCGGUAUGGUGAUAGACGAGAUGAACAGCAACAACAUGCACAAAAUCUACUGCCAACGAGCCAUCGUUCAACAUACGGAUUGCCUCAACACCAGCGCACUGGACUGCUCCGUUACUUUCAUGGUGGAUAAGAACAUCUACGUGCUGGGUAUUCAGGUGCCUACGCAGGCGCCGAGCGAGGAGAGCGGCGGCAUCGCGAGCGGCUCCAGCGGCUACUCCGAGCUGCUGUACGCGCACCUGCUGGACGCGGACGGCGCGCGCCUGUCCUACACGCACUACACCAGCCGCGUGCCCUACCGCCACCUGCUCGACAUCAUGUUCAACCGCCGCGUCUACAUCCAGCGGAACAAGGUACCUCCUGGCUCCAGCGGCUACUCCGAGCUGCUGUACGCGCACCUGCUGGACGCGGACGGCGCGCGCCUGUCCUACACGCACUACACCAGCCGCGUGCCCUACCGCCACCUGCUCGACAUCAUGUUCAACCGCCGCGUCUACAUCCAGCGGAACAAGGUGUAUAAAGUGGGUAUAGUGUUCAACAAGGUCGGCUGGUACCCGAUGGGCUCGUGCGCCCAGCAAGUAGCAGCUGAAUCUGUCUUCUUCAACUUCGGUAUUGGACACAGCAGCGACUCAGUGCGGGAUGGACUGAUACGAUCUAUUAUAUUCACUUACUAAACUAGUCAUCAAUAAUGUUGGUAAUUUAUCGAAAACUGUCGCGUUCAAAGAAAAAUGUUAGAAAGAAAGUGGAAAUUAAAAAAAAUAAGCUGUCAUCUGAUACACAACUCCAAUAUUACAAAGAAAUCACUAUAUUUCGUUACAACAGUCAAAACAAUAUUGUUCUCUCUUUCAUGCACUUUAGAUCGGCCGCGUGCGAAGGAGACAGGACUAUUUACACCGUAAUCUCACGUUCAGUUAACUACACAAGCGCCAAAUGCAAUGCAUAUCAAAUGUCAGUUUUGACAAUUUAUCUGUAUAGUAUUAGGGUAUGGUUGACGAAUGUUUCACUUGAUUUUGACCAAAACUUGUUAUAUAGGAGCGUUCAAGUAUUGUGUAUUUGUAAUGAAUAAACAUAUACCACAUAAUACUUGACUAUGUUUUGGUAUAAAAUACAAUGCAAAGACACGCAUGUCUUUGAAUCUUCAAGAAAUGGCAUUGUUCCAAGAUUGUUAGAUUACUUUUUUAUUUUGUUCUCUAUUCUGUAAUUUUUCUGUAUAAGAAGUUGGCGUGUCUAUGAAUAUUUUAAUAUCAUACUAAUUUUCGUAAC